AAUAACACUUUCCCUGUUAAAAUUUCAUUUUUCAAAAUGAAGUGAAAUCAUUCUAUUUACGUUUGGUUUUGGUUGACAUUUGGUUUUGAGUGGAUAAAUCCAUGUAUAACCUCGUUAAUUUUAAUAUAUAAAUAUUUAAAAUUUAUCUUGAAAUGAGUCUUGAUAAGACAGAUAUGUCUGUCAUGUCCACCUCUUCGUCACAAAUAAGCUUACUGUCAACCUCUGCGAAACGAAAAGCUAAAAAAAUAUUGAGCGAAGAAGAAUACACAGAGGAAAUGGAAAAAAUUAUAACAAGAGAUUUUUUCCCAGAUUUACCAAAACUCACUGCUCAAAAUAAUUACUUAGAUGCUGUUGAAAAAGGAGAUAUUGCCAAAAUGCAAGAGAUUCAACUUAUGUAUCAACUUAGUGAAAGUACCAGAAGUAGAGUGAGCUCUGUCAGAGAUCUAGUUUCCACGCCAUCUACUUUUGAGACUCCAGAUAUAAGACUAAAUAGCUCUCCUACUCAUAGUGAAAUAGAAUUACACCGCAACCCCAUAAAACCUAGCAGUGAAAAGAGUAAGGAAUCUUUAGAUCAAUUUUUAGCAAAAGCUACCAGUGAAGAUAAUGCUUCUUUCCAAGUAAUCAUUGAAAAGUCUAAACAAGUUCAUCAACAGAAAUAUCCAUGGUUAUACAAAGAUGAAGAAGCAGAACAAAAGAAGAUAGAAGAUUUGCUUGCAUUGCCUACAACAGAAAAAUAUGCUAUUGAAAAAUCAAAACCGGAGCUUGUUACUUGGGCUUAUAAAAACAAAAAUGCAUUAAUGUAUGUCCCUGAUGGAGCUGAGUUUACAUCUGAGGAAAAACUUAUAUUUGGUGAUAAGAAGAAAAUUAUGCAUGACAACACGAGAUUCGACACACCGCCCUUUGAUGAAGAGGCUAACAAGGAAGCCAUAGCAGAGGCAGCUUCUCUUCAAGCCAAAAUGAAAGAAGGAAGAGUUGGCAUAGACGGGAAGGAAAUCAUUCCUGGAGAGUCACCCAGAGUUAAUGGAUAUGGUUUUGUGGGUACUCCAGCACCUUCACCAGGUGUGACAGAUACUCCAAUUAUGACUUGGGGUGAAAUUGAAGGAACACCUUUCCGCUUAGAUGGGGGAGAUACACCCCUUCCACAAAAUCCUGGAGGACAGCAAUUUAAAAUUCCUAACCUAUCAGCCCGUGAAAGAAUAGCACUAUCUUUAGCAGACAAAGCUGCUAAGAAGCACAGAAAAACCAGCAAAACAAACUGGAGUCCUUUUAAUUCUCCAAAAGUAGGAUCACUUACACCACUAGAAAAGCUACAAAGUAUGUCGCCAGCUGCACGUAAAUUAGCAUAUGCCAAAUUAGGUAUUCAAAGAGAUACUGACAAAGCUCUUCGAGCCAGCUACUCCCCCUCUCCUUUGCGGACACCCAAUGGAAGCAAAACUCCCAUUAUCUCCUCUACACCAGGAACUCCAGCUGUUACGCCCUCUCCUAAAACUACUGUUAUCACUCCCUUGCAUACUGAAACAUUAUUAACAAAACCAAAAAGAAGCAAAGCUAGUGACUUUUUCUAACUCUGUUAUAAAAAUGUUAUUUAUUUCAAAGAUAUGCUAAUCUUGUCAAUCAUCCUACAUCUUGUAAAUUAUAUUGUUUUAAUUUGUAAAUAUUCUAUUGAAUAGUAAAAUAUUUUUAUACUUCA